GCGCCUAACCUACUGGAUCCAAAAUCCGCCACUCACAACAGCAAGCCCUGCCUUUCCUUCUCCGCCAAGUCACUCACGCUGAGCCCUAGAGAGGAGUGUCAGGCCAUCGCCACGGUGAUGAAGUGGAAGACGGUGUUGGCCAUUUUCCUCCUGGUGGUUCUCUACCUGGUGGUGGGAGCUGCCGUGUUCAGGGCCCUGGAACAACCCCACGAGAGUGCUCAGCGCCUGGCCAUCCUGAAUCAGAAACUAGAGUUCCUCUCCACACACACCUGUGUCAACCACAGCCAUCUGGAGGAAUUGGUCAAGCAAGUGGUGUCAGCAAUCCGUUCAGGGGUGAACCCAGCAGCGACUCUGACCAAUCACAGCAGUCUCUGGGACCUAAGCUCCUCCUUCUUCUUCGCGGGGACCGUCAUCACUACCAUCGGUUUUGGGAACAUCUCCCCCCAUACGGAGGGAGGGCGUAUCUUCUGUAUAAUUUAUGCCCUGCUGGGGAUCCCUCUGUUUGGCUUCCUACUGGCUGGAGUAGGAGACCAACUGGGAACAAUCUUUGGGAAGGCCACCGCCAGGGUCGAGAAGAUGUUCGUGCAGUGGGAUGUUAGUCAGACUAAGAUCCGCGUCAUCUCCACCGUCCUCUUCAUCCUGUUCGGCUGUCUGCUCUUCGUGGCGCUGCCGGCGGCCAUCUUUAAACACAUUGAGGGCUGGAGCGCUCUGGAGUCCCUUUACUUUGUCGUUAUCACCUUGACAACCAUUGGUUUCGGGGACUUUGUCGCAGGUGGAUCAGAGAUUGAGUAUCUGGACUACUACAAGCCUGUGGUGUGGUUCUGGAUCCUGGUGGGACUGGCGUACUUCGCUGCUGUUCUCAGCAUGAUAGGAGACUGGCUCAGAGUCAUCUCUAAGAAGACCAAAGAGGAGGUAGGGGAGAUCAGGGCUCACGCAGCAGAGUGGACGGCUAAUGUCUCGGCAGAGUUCAAGGAGACCAGACGUCGCCUCAGUGUCGAGGUCUACGACAAGUUCCAGCGAGCCGCAUCAAUCAAACGCAAACUGUCGACCGAUCUGGGCUUAAACUCCACCCCCGAGCUUACCCCACCUAAGAGGAUACUGCCCGUCAACUUCAUAGAUGAACGGGAGAGGGAGCCGAUGUUCCCGUAUAUGACCAAAAAUGGAAGUAUUUUUCAGAACGGGCUAGGGGGAGAGCCUAGGAGAGGUGACGUGGCUAUUAUAGAAUACCUCAAGUAGAGGUCACAAACGUUCACCUCUGACCCCUGACCCAGCUUCAGCACAAGCCACACCCACCUGGUUACAACAACAAAUGGCAGCCAUCUUUCAGCACAGGGUGUAUGACAUCAUUAAUCAACAGCUGCCCUGAUGACCGACUAUAUGACUAUAUGACUCUAUGAUUAUGAAGCGGUUUGAUUAUUAACUACAACAGAAUCACAACAUGAGUUAUGAACUAGGAACAUAUCUUUAUGGAUCUGAAUGGAAGAGUUACAUUCGGGGAGUACAUGUAAGGUCAGGGCAAAUCUGAGUUGACAUCCUAUUCCUAGUGCACUACUUUUGGCCUUAACCUCAUAGGGUUCUGGUCAAAAGAAUAGGGUGUCAUUUCGGACAUAGCCUUGGUUUAUGUAUCCAAUUUAUUAUGUUGCCAAUGUAUGAGGAAUAUUAAUGAGGAUGUCUAUAUGCCUUUAAUCAGAGAAUGUGUGGGUGUGCAUAUGUGUGAAUGGGUUCUAUGGGUUUCUAAGAGGGAACCUUUCCCCUGACUGUUAAUCAGAACCGGACCUCUUAGCUUUUUUUCUACUGAAGGAAUCACAGCAGUGUCUUAGUCCUUUUCUACCAACCGGUAGAAAAGUCUGUACACGCAUGUGAAUUAACAGUGUUUUCUCUUCUCUAUUAUCACUCUCUCUCUUGUCGUUUUAAACAGCGAGACAGUUUGUCAUUUAGACGACGUGACUGUAGUCCUCUGGGCUGCUCUAGGGAUGCUGGGAGUGUGGAGCAGCAAAUGGAGGCUCCACUAUGACUGUUUCAGGGCAGACAUUUUAAGGCCAGCCACCACAGACUGAAAUGACAGUUUUGCAGCUACCUAUACAUUUUUAGAUUUGUUGGUAUUUUCAAAAAGUCAAAUGUCAAAAUCUUUAUGAAAAUGUAUAUUUUCUUUAGUUUAUCAUACUACAGUCAAAAAUGUCAUGGAUUUUAACCACUUUAAAAUGGAUAUACAUCCAUAAUUUCAAAGCUCACUACAUUGAAUUACACAUCAUUUAAAAGCCCAUUUCAUAAAGAAUGUAACAAACCUUACCAUAGGUAGUAACUUACUUUGAAGAGAUGGUGAUUGGGUCUAAUUAGGUGUUUUGCGUUUGGUAGUCUAAAUUCAGUGUACUUGUCUUUAACGGCCACUUCCAGAAAGUCAAACUCUUUCCACACCCCAAAUCAUUUUCCUCAGCUUCAGAAGCAUCUACAUUCACCAAAUUGUGUAUAGUUUAUCCAUGGAUAUAUUCUCAGAUAUCUAUACAGGGGCGUAGGCAUGGGUGGGCCUGGGAGGGCACAUCCAAAUACUCAUCCAAAUUUCUGCAGACCCACCCACCAACAAAUUUCUGUAAAAUGUUACGUACUUUAGCAUUUUACACAUAGAAAGAUGUAAAAAAGUAUUUAUCCACAAUCUGCUCAGAUUAAGUCUGGUCCUGAAGUGGCUUAACAAAAUUACUUAAUCCAGUGUCCCGAAAAAUGAAUUUGCGGCAUAGGAAAAUAUGUGCAUAUUUAAUGAUAUUGCCUCAUUUGCACAUUUUAAUAUAAUGUGUAAGAAAAGGUGCAAUACAAAAAAGUAUUAUAGUUGACAUUGGUGCCAGUUUUUUUGCGGUGUCAAAAUGGAGUCCUACUACAUAUGGGGGUUGGGGAGGACAUAUCGUCACAAAUGUUGAAUACAUUUCUUCUAAAGUAUUUGGUAUUCAUUUAGAGUAGGUUGGCUUUAGGGUAAAGGUUAGGGUAUGGGUGACGGGUUAGUUAGCCACAGAUUUAUGGCUUCUGUCCUGUCUAGGAUGGCCAGAUAGUAACGGCCAUGUAGAGAGGGCGAGGCUAACUGCAUUUGGCUGGCAGAAAUGUCUUCUUAGCCAGUGUCUCUGCUACCAGGAAAAACAGGACUCACCCUCGUCACCUUGCUUUUAGUUCAACACGUUUCCUAAAUCGAUAGUUCUGAUCAACAUCAUGUUGCCAGAUUGAGAGUUAUGCCAAAUCUGAAGGAGAUGAGGGUGUGGCGGUUGACUGUCAGGCAGAUUUUGCCCAAUUAUUGGCAAAAGAGCUGAUCAGGUUGGUCAAAAGACCAAUUACUGGAAAAAGAUCAGAAUUGGGCUGUCUGUGUAAUUGCAGCCAUAGAUACUGUACCUGCUGUGGUCAGAAUAUGCCAAAUCAGAUCUGUAAAUCAUGUUCUCCUUAAAGGAGAUGGAUGAAGUAGAUCCACAUGGCUUAUCAGUCUGUUCAGUUCUGAUGGAAAAGCAUCAGCUCUCAGCCAUGACUGUCAGCAUAUCCAAUUAUGGUUUAUUUUUUAUCACUUGCAUAUCUAUUUUUCAUAGCAAUAUGAGAUCUCAUCUUAUAGCAGCCCUUUCUAUGUUCAGUGUGACGUACAGUAUUUUUGACUGAAACCAUAGAGGGGUAUUUGAGGAGGAGGGGGUCGACCCAGCCGAUGUAUUCUAGCUACUGAGAGCUAGCCAUCGUGCAGUGACGUCACCCGCCCUGAGAUCUAGUCAACUGUCACUUGAACUCUUGUGCAUAUUGUUUGGAUGUGUUGUGAAUUUUCUGCACGUUGCGGACGGAUGCACAGGCCAAAUUACUUUGAAUGUUACUUGAGACACAGCACUUUAACAGGCUAUAGAACCAUCGACACUCUGCAUUCUACACACGCACGCACACUCACACGCACGCUCACACACCUGAGGGUUCUCUCUCUAACACCCCGUGUACACCUGCCAUUCAAAAUGCACUUUUAUUUAACUGCCUGUGUUUAAAGUUACAACAUUUAUCGUGUUCGCGGCUAACUAUUUCACCAUGAAAGGCUUUCGUAUUGUCGUAAUGCGGAGAUAAACUGCAACGCUUCUCUUUCUAGCGAUGUUGCUGCACGUCUAGCACACAGUCCACAGGGCUGUGUUGUAUUCAUUAACACCAGUGUCAAACCAUGGCUCAAUUCCAUUAUCCACAUUAGCGUCCCAACGAGAAGGCUAGCUCAAUACACUGCUUCAUUCUAAGUAGCAGGCUAGAUGCUAAAGUGGAUAUUGGAACAGAGCCCAUAUGUGAAAUCCCUGACAUUUCAGAGUACUAUUAUCUCUGACUGACCAUCACUAGUUAUUAGGUGGAGAGAUAUAGAGGAGUGGAUAGGAGGAUAGAGGACAGUAAAGUACUGUACUAACAUGGUCUUAAAAGCCUGGGGAGCAGCACCACACAACGUGUGUGUCAUUCAGGUCAUGACGAUGUGUUACUUGAUUGUGUCCACAGCAGUGCCAUAGUAGUGGCUUGGUGUCUGUCUUUGAUUUUUGUCUGUCUGUGCUACUGUCAGAUCUGGGUCGAAUAUGCAUUUGUUUUGUUUUAAAUACUUCAGGUGCGCUUGAUUUAGCUUGGCUAGCAUGCAGAGUUUGCACUUGGGACUAUACCAUUGGUUCCAUUGCGCUGGACAAGCUAAAUAAAACGCACCUCAAGUAUUUCUAAUUUAUUAAAUGUGUGUAAAUGGCCCAGGUCUGGCUAUUAUUACAGUAUCUUUAGAUGUUGUGUCAUCGCUGCGACGGGUUCGGGAGAGGCGAAGGUGGAGUCAUGCGUCCUCCGGAACAUGACCCGCCUAACAUCGCUCCUUAACACCCGCCAGCUUAACCCGGAAGCCAGCCGCACCAAUGUGUCGGAAGAAAACACCGUUCGACUGUCGACCGGGUCAGCCUGCAGGCACCCGGCCCGCCACAACGAGUCGCUAGAGCGCGAUGAGCCAAGUAAAGCCCCACCGGCCGAACCCUUCCGUAACCCGGACGACGCUGGGCCAAUUGUGCGCCGUCCUAUGGGACGGCCGGUUGUGGCACUGCCCGGAAUGAACACGGGUCUGUAGUAAGGCCUCUAGUACUGCGAUGCAGUGGCUUAGACCGCUGCGUAACUUGGGAUGCCCAGUAUCUUUAGCUUUGACUUUAAUAUGGGUUAUUGAUGACUGUUAGCAUGUUUGAUAUUUUUAGCUGUGCUAAAAAAAACAGAACUGUUAUUAAUUCCAUGCCUGGACUGUAUUCUGCAAAUACAACAUCAGAUAUGUUAAGGCUUUUAUGAUUGUUAAUCUUUUUGUUUUCUCUGUUUGUUUGGGACAUUUCUAUACUGUUUGAGCUCUGGCUGUCUGCCAGAGAUAAAGUGAAUUCUAUUAAAUGUCUGUAGAACAAGUCUAUACACAAUCUAACUGAUUUGUUUUUAAAUAUAUAUAU